GAGCCACACUUCCCUCACUCAGAACUGCACCCCACACCAGCUGCAAGCACUAGACGCUCAUCAUGCUGUCUCUGGGAUCCCGCUCCUCACUGCGACUGACUGUGUUAUGCAGUGCCCUAGCUCUGCUGCUUUCUUGCCAGGGCACAAAUGCCUGGUAUAAACAGUCUACUGGCCCCAGCUACUACUCUGUGGGGAGAGCAUCGGGGCUGCUCUCUGGUAUCCGCCGAUCCCCUGACAUCCGCCGUUCUGAGCCUGAAAGUGCAGGGGAGAGCAACGAGAAUAUGGAGGACAAUUUCUUGAACACCUUUGGGAGCCAACGACAAGGAUCUGUGCUCAAGAGCAUGGCGCUGUGUGUGAAAGAUGUCUCUCCGAACCUGCACAGCUGUGAGCUUCUCCCCGACACUUCCAACACCUUCCAGUGCAAGGCUCAGAUUUACCUCUCACUGGACAGUUCGGACUGUCUCAACCCCUGACCCUCCUCUACCCUUAGAGACUCUGCCAUGCACCGAUCCCAUACCUUUAUCUUGGGGGCCACACACUUGUGUAGAUUUGUACUUGAUUCUGUAUCUGCUGCAUUAGAACAUAUUUGUUUAACUAAUAAACUGAAUAACUGGUGACUUGC